AAACUCAAACGACUCAUUUUUAUAAAUUUCCGAUCGUUUUCUAUCUCAUUUUUCUUUGAAAGGCGUUCUUCAUUGUCCUUCCCUUUCCAGAUUUCAGUAUCCUACUUCAGUUCCUAGUACGUAAAACUCUCUCUCUCUCUCUCUCUCUCUCUCUCUCUCGUACCACAGUCAUGGCUUCCAUUAAACAAGUUCUCGGCGAACUGAACAACGAAUCCUUCGUCUCUUUACUCUCCAAGCUCAUCGGCGAAGCCAAGUUCGUCCAGAACAAUCCAAAGGAAAACCUGAUUCCUCAAGAAGACAGGAUCGUCAAUCACGUCCUUGAUGUUCUAAACCCUUACAGCACCGCCAAUGGCGGACCCUUGCUAAUCAACCAUGUCAGCUACGCUCCUGGCCGUGGAAAUUUGAUUGUGGAGUAUCCUGGGACCGUAUCUGGAAAAGUAGUCUCCUUCGUCGGUAGUCACAUGGAUGUCGUCCCUGCCGAUCCCAAUACUUGGAAAUUUUCUCCAUUCUCAUUGAGUGUUGAUGGGGAUCAACUUCGUGGUCGUGGGACUACUGAUUGCCUGGGACAUGUUGCCCUUCUAACUGAACUUCUCAAGAAGCUUGCACAAACUAAACUAAAGUUGAAGUCCUCUGUUGUUAUUGUGUUUAUUGCCUCUGAAGAGGACAAUUCAAUCCCAGGAAUUGGAGCUGAACAACUUGCUAAGGAGGGAUACUUUAAUAAUUUAAAAGGAGGGCCAUUAUAUUGGAUUGAUACAGCAGAUUCACAGCCUUGUAUCGGUACUGGCGGCUCAAUACCUUGGAAACUUGUAGCAAAUGGAAAACUUUUCCACAGUGGUUUGGCACACCAGGCUAUCAAUGCUAUGGAGCUAGCUAUGGAAGCUCUUAAAGUGAUCCAAUUACGCUUUUAUGAAGAUUUUCCUCCCCAUCCUAAGGAACAGGUAUAUGGAUUUGCAUCACCAUCAACCAUGAAACCGACUCAAUGGAUUUAUCCAGGAGGUGGUCUUAAUCAAAUCCCAGGAGAAUGUACUAUUUCGGGAGAUGUCAGGUUAACCCCCUUCUAUGAUGUGAAGGAUGUUAUGACAAAACUCCAAAGCUAUGUUGAUUACAUUAAUGCAAACAUUGAGAAACUUGAUACGAGGGGCCCUGUUUCAAAGUAUGUCCUACCAAAUGAAAAUAUCAAGGGAAGAAUUGAUUUAACUUUCGGUGAGCCGAUGUCGGGAGUUGCAUGUGAUCUUAAUUCUCGCGGCUAUAAAGUUUUACAUAAUGCAACAAAGGAAGUUUUAGGGCAUGUCAAACCUUACUCACUUACAGGGAGUUUGCCGGUUAUUCGAGAUCUCCAGGAGGAGGGUUUUGAUGUUCAGACUGCAGGCUACGGUUUAUUAGAUACAUACCAUGCCCAGAAUGAGUAUUGUCUUCUUAGUGACAUGGGCAAUGGCUACAAGAUUUUUGCCAGCAUCAUCUCUCAAUUAGAAGAAGAUUGAUACUAGACCAUUGUUCUAAAUGUUACUACUUUGAGAGGUUUUUUGAAAAUAUUCUUUCGUUCUUGCCUUUCCCUUCUGAUCUUUGAGCCUCCACCAAAGUGGAAGUUCAGAUCAUAUUUUCCUUAUUGGUGUUGGCCUUUUCAAUAAGGUGCAUAAAAGGUGAAUUCAAGAUAGAGAUGCUCUAGAUAUUCGACGUGUUUGGAGGAGUUGGAUGGGGUGAAGUGAAGUGAAGUGAAGUUUUUAACUCCACUCCUUUUAACUCAUUGCGAACUUCACAACGUAUUAGCAUCAAUUUAAUGACUUAUUAAUUUCAAUGACUAAACAGCUUUCCAAAUUGAACUAUUUAUAUCUUUGUUGUAAACACCUCCUAAAUAUAUGGAAGUGAGCAAGAAGAUCCAGCAUUUUGGGAAGUAUGUUUUUGUUCAUUCAAUUUUAUUGUAUUUAGUAAGUUCUCAAGUGGACGUCAUCUUGUGGUAGGUGUACUUGAUGAAAUUUUGUAGAGAUGUUGCUCUAGACGUAGGAUUAUACGAUCCACAAACUUCAUGAGAUA